GCUCUCUUCUCUCCCACUCCAGCUGCCACCAUCUAGGAUGAAUGUCUGGUGGGCUGGAAGCCGCAUGCGGGUAUACAGAGCUAGCGUCUACGGAUGCUAGCUGGCAAUACAUGCGCCAGUCCGUGCGCAUCAGAAGUAGAGUACGAAAGAUCCAGCAGAGAGAGCAAAGGAAACUGGUGAGUGGUGACUCGGUGAGUGGGAAAGAAGAUGAGGAGAAAGGGAAACGAAGCCUGUCAGCCCGAGCAAAGCACAAGCAUGGAAGGCUUGGCCUCGCACAUGUCUUCCUGUGAGGAUAGUUGGGACAGACAGUAAGGUACUUUCGGACUUUCGCUGAUAUUCGUACGUGAAGAGUUCACCGUACACCGUAACCGUAGACGCUCUUUCGUAUCGAGAUAGUUGUAUCCGUAAGCUGGGCUCGCAGAGAGUCUCUCUGUUGAACGCUACGCUUCCAUCGCUUGGCUUCAACCAGCGGCCUUGCUUGCAACACUGCUCCCCCCCUGAAACGUCGAGGCGGUGCAGUCACAAUAUGGGCACGCCCGUUGGCUCUUAGAAAGCAGA